GCAGGAGGCGGCGCGCCGCAUCUUCUACGACGGCAUCAUGGAGCGCAUCCCCAACACGGCCUUCCGCGGCCUGCGGCAGCACCCGCGCACGCAGCUGCUCUACGCCCUGCUGGCCGUGCUGUGUUUUGCCCUGACCCGCUCACUGCUGCUGACGUGCCUGGUGCCGGCGGGGCUGCUGGGCCUGCGUUACUACUACAGCCGGAAGGUGGUCCUUGCCUACCUGGACUGCGCUCUGCACACGGACAUGGCCGACAUCGAGCAGUACUACAUGAAGCCCCCCGGUGAGUCGCGUGUCUCCGGCCCCUUCCUCGCCCCUCCCACCGCCCCUCCUUCCGUUAGGGCCACCCUCACGCCGCCAGCCAGCCGCCCCGGGGACUGGCCUGGGGGGACAGACCGGGCCUGGGCGGGCCUGGGCUGGCGCACCCGGGGCCCUGAGUCUUCUGAGUGAGGGCUCUGGCGGGGG